UCGGAUGCGCGUGUCCGUCGUUUUACCGACGACUCGCGUGUCGCGGCCACGCGCGCGCGAUUUCUUACGUACCGUACGUCUCGUUGCGUUCACCCCUCGCUCGUCGGUUUUUGCUUCGUCAGUGUCUGACCAGACGCGCGCUUCUUCCACUGAUCGCGCGCGACCGGCACGGCGCCCGCGCCGUCUUUCCGUUUUCGCCGCAAGCCGGGAUUUUUCAUCCGUGGCGAAUAUUUGCGAUCUGCCUUGUCGAGGAACAUGAGGGAGGGGGGAAAGAAUAUCAUAGUGUGUGAUUUUAUCAUUCAUAAACAUUGUGUCUUGUGAUAACGUCGCCCACCCGUUUCCUCCCGCUCCAAUGAGUCAUUCGUUACAAUCUGUGCAAUUUCUUAAAACAGAAAAAAGAACCACGCUUGUCUACGCUUAUUCGCGCUCUUCUGCGAGAAGGAAAUUCCAACCCCCGAGAUAAUCCGAGUUCAAUGAACGAAGUCACGAGCGGGAAGUUGGUGUGAAAGUUACAGCGCGAAUGCAACCCUGCUCCUGUCGCAGUUAUGAGAAAGUUUCUUCUCGGCUUUAUCGCGUGAAACGCCGUGACUUGCGAUCGCAAAAAGAAGAGCGUGGAGGCACGAUGGUAGGAGCUGUCGUGCAUUUUCGUAUCGUACCCCGUGAAAAGCCGUGCGUGCCGCACAACACGGCAUGCCGGAAGCGAGACGGCCUGGGCGAGCGCGUCGGUGCACCGGCACAGGUAACGAACCUGCGGGGUUAACGUUAUGGUAACGUGAAUCGAUCGCUUGAUUUUCGUUCUCCCUCUCGUACCAUCUGUCACGGCAAGAACGUGCGUGCGUGCAUGUCACGAAUAUGCGCCGGUGAUUCCGUUAUUAACGAGCGCGCUCGGAACAAACUCACCGAGGGUGGACUGCAUUAUCGUGAAUUUUCUGUAAGAUUAAUACAUUUUUUUUUCGCGACUGAAGGUGCACAAUUUUCUCGGAAAAGUUUUAAAGACCGUUCUCGAAGGGCACGUGGGAGUGUUGGUUGUAUUAUAUCAUGAAAACGGCAUUCACGUCAUCUCGAAGAAUCUCCGGCAAUUACGUGCCGUCGACUACGACAGAAAAGCGUUGUAAUUAAAGAACACGUUCUCCGAUUGGGACUCGAGACUUGGUUGGAAUUGUGAUAAAUGUUCCCGCUUUGUACGACGGACGCGUUUAUUGUAAGAACAUCGUCUCUCGGCACAGAAAUCUGCCGUGGAUAAAGCGAAAGAAAUAUAUUUAAAAAAGUACUGCAAAAGAUAUAAUUCACGUAAACCGUCCUUGAAAAAACCGCGUAAAUGUAAAACCGCGAUAGUAUUUUAAAUCAAAAUAGAUAAAAGGACAAGAGUGCGUUUUAUCGAUAAUACAUGCACUUUAAAAAAAAAAGAUAGAAGCUUUUAUUCGCCCAAAGUUGAAAAUUAAAGUAGCAUGUCACUUUUCAGUUAUUUUUGGAAAAAUAAAUACAUCGCGCGGAAGAAGCACAGCCAACAUUAUUUCUGAAUGCAUCAAAGAUGUGAAAGAUCAACAAGAGCUCGAAACAUAAAGAUCUUCUUUUCCGAUGGUUUAUCGAGUUUGGCAUCUCGCUCCGAACCGCAGCAUCCGCCGUGCUGCACGUGCGCGCGGUGUGCAGGCUGGACAGCCUAUAUAUAAACUAAACUACUAUAACGCAGACUUUGCGAGACGGGUUACACUAAUUCCGUGUCGGAUAAAAGAUUACGCGUCGAUCGUCGGCCCUGUUGCGGCAGCGAAACCAAAUACUUAAGGGGUGUGUCGAGUGAUGAGGGAGUGAUGAGGGAUACAAGGCGUACAUUAAUUAAGUGCCGUAGUCGUGAGGCGGGUGCUUCGUACGUCUCCGAGCGGAUGAAACGACCGGCGAAGAUGUCGAGGAAAUAAGCCUCAAGUAGUCGAGAUUGACAACAAUGUCUAGACCAGGCAAGGACCCCGUGCAGAAGUGCAACUCGGAUCCGGGUGCAUCUGGCACUUCGUGUAGUCCCAGCAAGUCCCGAGUUUCGCGCCGACAAGUACCGUGUAUUCCGUCCUCACCGAAUACACGGAAAUGUGUCCUGACUUUGGACGGAUACAGUUACGUGAUCGUUGCAUCUCCGCCGGACAGACGAGUCACAAGAGACGAUAUUGGAGUGGCCUCAGCCGGCGUAGCAGCGAACGCGAGCAACGCGGCUGCUACCGGCUGCAGCGGCGCGAGCGGCAUGGCGUCCUCGAGGCCGCGCAAUCCAUCCUCCUCUCCCGGUCGUAACGGCCAACUCGCCAAACAGGGCACUUUGACGAUAGUACGCCGAAGCUCCGGCAAAAGCAAAACUGUCAGUGGUGGGAGUUUCGAAAGUUCCCCACCGCCGCACAAUCCCGACACCCCGUCGUAUUUAUCGAGCCAAUCCGUCGACCUCGAUGAGAUCCUCGAUAAUGUCGAUCUCACGACGGACUCGCUUCCUGCCGUUGACACCCCCGACGCGUGCGACAAAGCUGCCCUCAGAUUGAGGUGUUUAUUGAGGCAGCUCCAACACGGGGAGAUAUCCGCGGAACUACUCCAACGAAACUUGCAUUAUGCAGCUCGCGUACUCGAGGCUGUUUUCAUCGAUGAGACCAAGGUGAGUUCAGGCGGGAAUGAGUGCGCUCGGUCAUCACGUAGGGGGGCGGGCCUGACGUCUUCAUCCCUAGGGGGCGGCUUGGACCCGGACGGACCACAGGGCCACGCGGUGGUAACCCAGAAACGGAAGCUUCGCACCCCCGUAUGGGCAAGACGACUUGCGGACGAAGACGACGAGCUGUCGGAGGUGCAACCGGAUGCGGUUCCGCCGGAAGUGCGCGAGUGGUUGGCGUCGACUUUUACCAGGCAGCUCGCCACCACCAGGCGGAAGGCCGACGAGAAGCCAAAAUUCCGCUCGGUCGCGCACGCCAUCCGAGCGGGCAUAUUCGUCGAUCGGAUCUACAGGAGGGUCACGAAUACCGCCCUCAUGCAAUUUCCGCCGGAAGUCGUGAAAGUGCUUAAGACUUUAGACGACUGGUCGUUCGACUUGUUUUCCUUGAACGAGGCCGCUUUGGGCACGCCGGUGAAAUACCUAGGCUAUGAUCUCCUGAAUCGAUACGGUAUGAUUCACAAGUUUAAAGUACCUCCCGCAGUUUUGGAGUGCUUCCUCGGAAGAGUCGAGGAAGGUUAUUGCAGGCAUCGAAAUCCAUACCAUAACAACCUUCACGCUGCCGAUGUUGCGCAAACGAUGCAUUACAUCCUGUGUCAAACAGGCUUGAUGAAUUGGCUGACCGAUCUCGAGAUUUUCGCCACUCUUGUGGCAGCGCUUAUUCACGAUUACGAGCACACUGGGACCACAAACAAUUUCCACGUAAUGUCCGGUAGCGAUACAGCGCUCCUAUACAAUGAUCGAGCCGUAUUGGAAAAUCAUCACAUUUCGGCCAGUUUCCGGAUACUCAGAGAAGAUGAUUGCAACAUAUUGCAAAACUUAUCGAGGGAAGAAUUUCGAGAAUUCCGAUCGCUUGUGAUUGACAUGGUUCUUGCUACCGACAUGAGUUUUCACUUUCAACAGUUAAAGAACAUGAAGAAUCUGCUAACUCUGGCGGAGCCAAGUGUGGACAAGAGUAAAGCCGUCAGUUUGGUUCUUCACUGUUGCGACAUUUCACAUCCCGCUAAAAGAUGGGAUCUCCAUCACAAAUGGACGAUGCAACUUCUCGAAGAGUUCUUCAGACAAGGCGACAAAGAAAGAGAACUCGGAUUGCCAUUUUCUCCCUUAUGCGAUCGCAAUAAUACAUUGGUAGCUGAAUCUCAAAUAGGAUUCAUAGAGUUCAUUGUCGAGCCUAGCAUGCAAGUAUGCAGCGACAUGCUGGAAACCGUUCUCGCGCCACUCAAUGUCAAGGAUACCGCGCCGGAGGAGCCCAGCAACGGUUCGGGAGGGGAAAAUAGAAGGUUUAAAAUUGGCAAACCUUGGAUUGCGUGUCUCGCGGAGAAUAAGAAGAUCUGGAAGGAGCAGGCGGUUCGAGAUGCCGAAGCCAAAGCACAAAAAGAGGAAGAGCAGAAAGCUAGCGGUAAUCACGAGGAUGGCGGAGGUGUGCAAGCUCCAGCCGAAGAAUGAAAAAUACAACGAGCGAUUGUAUUUUUCAAGAGUAUCUGUAGUUUUAGGCUACGGAAAAGCUCGUGAUUGCAUUGAAAUGGCAUCUAUCAGAAAUUCACAGACUCUUUAUUACGCUUACGAGAGAGAAUGAGAGCCAAGCAUCAUUCGGUAGUACAAAUAGAAGUAUAUAUGUCGUACAUAUAUUAGAUGAAUGGAGAUCCGUAACAUAUAGUAAGGAGGAUUAAUUUGUUUAGAUUAACACCAAAGGCCCGAAUCACAUACUUGUUCUGCUACUCACGUAGAAUAUUCGUAAAAAUAUCUUAACUAAUUAUUUUCUACAGCUCAAUAUGUAAUAUCACUUGAUGAUCUCAUUAAUUACAGCUCUUCACGACUUAAUCACCGCCGAUGUUAUAAUGGUUGGACAUUUUUUUCAGGUUAGAAACUUUUUUAUUUAUUUUUUUGUUUAAGAUUUUACGUUUGCGUAACUUGUUAAUAUCAAUGGAAAGUUUAACGGGAUUCUAAAUCAAAAGAGUCAUUUUAAACCGUAUUUCGUCUGUUUUAACGCGACGUGAAAAGAUAUUAUUUAAUCUACUGUUUGAGAUUUUCCGAUUCAUUUCUUGACACGAAAGGAAUAAUUAAAUCGUGUUUUCCAAAGAGAAAAAUUUAUUUCAGUUAUUUUAUUUAGACAGGAAAUAAUCUUUUUUUUUGCAAUUUAAUUAGAAAAGUUUUAGCGACGCUAAAUGUAACACACAAUGUAACACACAUUUGAAUCUUUUAAAGAAUCUACGUUUGUUGCGUUCGUAAUAGCUAAAUCUUCUUAGAAAAACGAAUCUACAUAUUUCUAAAUCAAUUAUAAUUAUCAACGGUGAUUAUAGGAUGUUCGUACUUAUCGGAUAAGAAUCUCAGAAAAUUUACGCAGCUAUUUUCUUUAUCGUUUGCCGACAGGCAUUGCACAAGAUGAAUAUUGCACAAGGAUUUUGCGUUUUUAACAAUCUCUUUGGUUCAUUUUUAAUACAGAAACGAAAAGAAAGAGUCUUCGCGAAUAACUGCGGCUUGAUGCUUUUCCGACACGGGUUUUGCAAACGCAGCGUGCAAAAUGUUACGCUAGCCAUUUACAACGGGCCGGCACGGAGUCGGGAACAUGGAUGUCUCUUGUUCGAGUUUAUUAAUUAGCCGCUGCAAAGAAAAUCCGCGGAAAGCGAAGCAUCGUUGUACAUACUGUUCGUUAGAUGUGUAUCCAUAUACACGUACUGGUGCAGCUUUAAUGUAUGUGUACGUAAUGUAUAAAAAAAAAGCAAAUAACAAGAUACGGCUAGUGUUGAAUCGUACGCUAUUCCGUGUAUAUGUACAUAUAUUUAUAUAUAUAUGUAUAUGAAUAGAGAAAGAAAAAGAGAACGUUAUUUUGUUGGACUCCUCGCAAUAUUGCGAUAAUAAAAUGCGCGCGCGUAGCGACGCACACGUCCGUACUUAAGCUUGUAAUUAAACAUAUCCGUGAACGAGUGCGCGUCGCGACACGCAUAAAUUCAUGACAUGAUGAGUAACGAUUGACAUUGUGUCAAUGCGUCGUAUCGUUCCAUGUCAUACGCGUAAGAGAAUCGAAGUCUUUCGGUGUCGUCAAAAAUUUUGAAGUUUGUUCUGCCUCUUUUACUUUUUAUCGCACACGGAAAUUACUGCCGUUACUGUAGAUUUCUUAUUCCAUGAUUUAUAGACGUAUGUAUAUUUUCGGCACAUUCUUGUGCAUAUUAGUUAGGUUGUGUAAGAAAACGAAGCGUACUUGAGAGGUGAUUUUUUUAAUUAGAUAAAAAAAGUUUCGAGAGAUCUUAUUUAUUUAUUAGAUUUAAAAGUUUUGUCUUGUUCAUUAGAUUUAUAACAAAUGAUAAAUGAAAGUACUGACGAAACCGACUUCGAUUUUACGUACGUGGCAAUAACUUGAGGUAAGGCUCUAUGGAGAAAUCGCUAUAAAUAUUGCGUAUAUUAUAGAACACAGAAUUAGCAAAUUUUUCGAAUGAAACGUUUUAUCGUCACAGAGAUAUUAUAUACAUAUAUCGAUAUAGAAGAUGUAUAGGAUAAUCUCACAAGUUUUGAGAUUGAACAUAUCCGUCCUGUAUUUAUUUAAUUCCCCUCAUUUUCAGUUCACAUUGCUGUUGAUCGCGCAACAAAUAUUUCAGAAUACUGAAUACAAUGAAUAACUAUCGCUUAUCUGCUUCUUACUGUCCUUUUGCGAUUCUAGCGUGAUCUAAUUGAACUAAAUCAAAAACUUACAUAUAGAAGGCUCAGAGAGAAGCCUGAAAUCCAAAAGGUUAGCUGCUACGCUCAAUUAAAGCUUAUUUUUAUUUAAUUUCUAGUGAAAGUUUUUCAAUCGUUAUACAAUUAUUAGUUGUAUAAGUCAGAAUGUUUCAUCUUAUCACUUUUAUUUUAUUUUGUUUGUUGCAGAGGUGCGAAUGUUGUGUAUUAUUGGCGGUAUAAGGUGUCAUAAAAUUAGCUUAAUUCUUUUGUAAGUAUCAAAUGUUAGUUACUGGCUACACGCCGGUUGCGUAAAAUUGUAAUUUUUCUUCCUGCAGCGGACGAGGGGCCAAAACGCGUGAUAGAAUUAAAAUAUAUUAAAAUCACACGGUUGUAUUAAGAAAAUUGUCGAAUCAGAAUCACGUGAAUAAAAUCCGCGGGUUUUAGUCUAAAGUUCGCACUUGGAUUGUUGACGUCGUUCUCAAUGAAUAAACGGCAAAGUGUGCUUUUCGGCUUCAAGCUUGGAAAACAAAGGCUAACUGUAACUCUGUUAUGCGUUAGACGCAGUUAUUCGCAUUACGAGUUUAUUCACGUGACUCGGUCAUUUUAUCAUCUAGAGUUCUCCUUAAAUUAAUACUGGCCUUUCCUUAUACGAUAUACGCGUAAUGCGAGACCAUGAUGCAAAUCUAACAAUAGAAAAGAGAAAGAAUAAAGCGGCGCCGGCAUCUACAGAGCGUGUAUGCAUUAUUACGCUUUAUACACAAACUACCUUUCAAUGGUUGGUAUAAGUAAGCGAUUAAUUAAACAGACAAUUCGACGAGUCGAGCGAGAACGCCGCGAUCGUUCGAGAUGACAAAGAAAUUUUAACAAUACUCGACCAAUACUAUUAAUUCUUAAGCUAAAGGUACACAAAAUGAAUUUUUCUUCCUGUCUUAAGUCUCCCUUUACUUCUCUCGAAUCAAUACGUCCGAUAUAUUAUUCGUAAUCUCGUUAAUCUCGAUUAUUGUAAAUCUUGGCGGACGAAGACGCGAGUCCGUGCCAUGCCAUUGACGUUGAUCGUUUCUAAAUGUGUCACAAAUCGCAAUGAUUGUACAUUCUCUAAUUUCAUUUUCCAACACAAUUUAAUACAAGAAUGUGUACAUAACCGGCAAUUCCAGCACCAUGUCCGUUCGAUGUGAUGUAAUGAAAUUGUAAACGUAACGAGAGAUAUAUUAAUAUAUUACACAGAGACACAUUGUGUGUGUGAUUAGCAUUGUACUCUGCGUAAAUCUACAGAGAAAUAAAUAUACUCGAUUACUUAAA